AUGUUAAAAUUACUCUAUAAUGUCGGAAAAGAUACUGGGACCAAAACCAAACGAGCCCCAAGUGUUUUAAGUAGUGUAGUUCAAAAGUCAAAACGGGGCGGAGGAAACAAGGUGCUGUGCCUGUGCGCGCGCCUGAGAGGAAAAGGGAAGAGAGAUGAAGCUGUUAGGAUGGUGGUUAAUGCUAGUUGGUACUCUUCGUCUAGCAUCAGUAUGGUUCGGUUUCGUCGACAUAUGGGCUCUUCGUCUCGCUGUUUUCUCCAAAACCACAAUGACAGAAGUUCAUGGAAGGACAUUUGGAGUGUGGACCCUUCUAACGUGCACUCUUUGCUAUCUUUGUGCAUUUAACCUUCACGACAGGCCUUUGUAUCUGGCAACCUUGUUAUCGUUCUUUUAUGCCUUCGGUCAUUUCUUGACAGAGUUCUUGAUCUAUCAGACAAUGGAAAUAAAAAAUCUUAUUACUGUUGGUAUAUUUGCAGGCACAUCUAUAGUUUGGAUGUUGUUGCAGUGGAAUGCACACCAACAGGUCAAAACUAAGAGUCCAUAGAAGUGAAUCCACAGCAGUGGCUUGAAGCAGAUUUAUGGAAUGUCGCUCCUUUCAAACUAUGCUUCUGCUACUGCAAUGUAUGGCUCGAAGUUUCAGGUGGGAAAUCAUAGUUUCAUGGUUGAGCUCUGGAAAAAUCCCUCCUGGAACUUCUUAGUCCCCAAUUUCUUAGUGUAAUGUCUUAGUGCCAGCUUUUCUUUGUCUGUCUUUUUAAGCAAUAGGAAGGAUUGUCUAUCUCAAACUUGUUCAUUGGAAUUUUUCAAAUAUUUUCUUAAACAUGGAAUGCCCCACGGUUUUUGUUUUCUA